GAACGUGCGGUGCAAGGGCAUUGCCUGCAUGCCACUUUGCCAGCUUGAGCUUGUGCCCGAACUGAACAAAUGCGACCAUUGCCAGGAAUGACGUUAUUUCCUGGGGGUGGCAGCGGGAGCAUGGUACUGCAGUUCCAGUGAACAGUGCACCCGAGUCCGACAUGGAAAAAAGCAAGAACACAACACGCUGCGCUGACUCCACAUUGUACCAACAUAACCGUAUGAAGAACUGAUUUUUACCAACGCCCUUACUAACAAAAACUAUUAUAUUGAUAUUUAUAUCAUUUUUAACGGACGUGGUUUAGCCAGCCUCAUAACAAACCAUGGCGGAGCGAAGUGGCCGGCUCAGCUUCGGUGGUGGGGCACUCAACCGACCAGUGCCCAUGAACCUGUUCGCCACAUGGGAAAUAGAUGGAUCGUCCCCGAGUUGCAUCCCAAGUCCUGUGUCCAGGUUGUGCAGUCUGACGCUGAAGAAACUGGUGGUUCUGAGGGAGCUGGACAAGGAGCUCAUCUCUGUGGUAAUCGCUGUGAAGAUACAGGGCUCCAAGAGGAUCCUGAGAUCUCAUGAGAUAGUUCUGCCCCCUAGUGGAUCAGUGGAGUCAGACCUGGCUCUCACGUUCUCACUGCAGUACCCCCACUUCCUGAAGAGGGAGGGCAACAAGCUCCAGAUCCUCCUUCAGCGGAGGAAGAGGUACAAGAACAGAACCAUCCUGGGUUACAAGACCUUGGCGGUGGGGACAAUUGACAUGGCUGAGGUGAUGCAGUGUCCAGCGGAGGGGGGUCAGGUGCUGUCUCUCUGCAGCAGCCAGAAGGAAAUGCUGGGGAAGGUAGCGGAGAUCUGGAUCUUCUCUCUGUCCAGCCAGCCCAUUGACCACGAGGAGGCAGCUCUGCAGGACGGAACCAAGGUCAAAUGUUCUGAUAACUAUUCAGAGGAGGAGUACGAGAGUUUUUCUUCGGAGCAGGAGGCCAGUGAUGACGCUGUUCAGGGCCAGGAUCUGGAGGAUGAUGAGUACGAUGUGAGGAAGCCUAAGAAGCAGAGAAGGUCCAUUGUCAGAACCACCUCCAUCACCAGGCAGCAGAACUUUAAACAGAGAGUUGUGGCCCUGCUGAAGAGGUUUAGAGUCUCAGAUGAGGUGUUGGACUCGGAGCAGGACCCAGCUGAACCUCCUCCGGAGGUGGAGGAAGAUCUGGAUCUGGAGAGUCUGGAGUUUGAGAACCCCAGUGACAGCGGACCAGACUUGGACGAUGACGACAGCGUCCUCAGUACCCCCAAACCAAAACUGAAGCCAUAUUUCGAGGGCCUCUCCCUCUCCAGUUCUCAGACAGAGAUCGGCAGCAUCCACAGCAUCCGGAGUCACAGAGAACCCCCCAGUCCGGUGAGUCACAGAGAACCCCCCAGUCCGGUGAGUCACAGAGGACCCCCCAGUCCGGUGAGUCACAGAGGACCCCCCAGUCCGGUGAGUCACAGAGGACCCCCCAGUCCGGUGAGUCACAGAGGACCCCCCAGUCCGGUGAGUCACAGAGGACCCCCCAGUCCGGUGAGUCACAGAGAACCCCCCGGUCCGGUGAGUCACAGAGAACCCCCCAGUCCGGUGAGUCACAGAGAACCCCCCAGUCCGAUGGACCCAGACAAGGCUAAGACGAGUGGGGCUAAGUUCCAGAUGGACACCGCCUCGGAUAAUGGUUCAUUGCAUGAAGAGCAGCCGGAGGCUGUGACGCCAACAACAGAACUGGAGAUGGACAACAUGGACACCUUCCUGGAGAAGCUGCCCCCUACUGGCAAGAUGAAGAAGACAGAGUCGCUCAUCAUCCCCUCCAACAGGUGGCAAGAACCUAAGCUGGCGGGGAGGAGAGGGAGGAGUACAUCCCUGAAGGAGCGGCAGCCUAGCAGACCCCAGAACGAGAGAGCCAACAGCCUGGACAACGAGCGCUCCCUUGACACGCGAUGCCAUCUCCAGAUCCCCAGGAAGACUGUGUAUGACCAGCUCAACCACAUCCUGGUGUCUGACGACCACCUGCCUGAAAGCAUCAUCCUCAUCAACACGUCUGAUUGGCAGGGCCAGUACCUGUCAGAUGUCCUCCAGAACCAGCACCUCCCAGUGGUGUGUACCUGUACUACAGCAGACAUCCAAGCUGCCUUCAACACCAUUGUCUCACGCAUUCAGAGAUUCUGUAACUGUAACAGCCAGACGCCCAUCCCCAUAAAGAUAGCUGUGGCCGGGCCUCAACACUACCUCGGCGCGGUUGUCCGGCUGUUUGUGGAUCACCUCUCGCACAAGACACCUGAUUGGCUGGGCUACAUGAGGUUCCUUAUCAUACCACUAGGAUCUCACCCUGUCUCCAAAUAUCUUGGUACCAUUGACUAUCGAUACAACAGUUUAUUCCAGGAUACGGCGUGGAGGGAUCUGUUUCACAAGCCUGAAGCUCCAGCCAUAGUGCAGGAGAGUCCCGACGUGGUUUCCAGGGUAACCCAGUACAUGGUGGGGGCCAACGCCGCUCACCAACUCCCGAUCGCCGAGGCCAUGCUCACGUACAAACAGAAGAGGAAAAAGAGCUUUCAUUUUGAUUUUGCAGUAAGCCCUGACGAGGACUCCUGUCAGAAGUUCAUCCCCUUCAUUGGAAUGGUGAAAGUUGGCAUUGUGGAGCCGUCUUCUGCAGCAUCAGGUGAUUCAGACGACGCAGCACCCAUGGGGUCAGGCCCCCCAUCUUCCACCCCACCUCAGGUGUCCCCAGCCCUGAAGGAAGCCUCCUGCACCCCUCCGUCCUCACCCUCCAUCAAUACCAGCUACAGUGAUGUGAUGUCUGCUGGGUGUUGUAGUUCUCCCGGGGGCCCCCAGGGGGAGCUGAUGGGUUUACAAGUGGACUACUGGGUGGCUCCCUCGCCGGCCGACAGGAAGAGAGACGUGGAGAAGAAGGACUCGUCCUCUAAGAACACCAUGAAGUGCACGUUUCGCUCGCUGCAGGUCAGCAGGCUCCCACAGGCCGGGGUGGAAUGGGGAGCACAGCAACAGCCCACCAUGUCAAUGACCGUGGUCAUGAAGGAGAAGAAUAAGAAAGUAAUGUUCCUGCCAAAAAAGACAAAAGACAAAGACGUGGAGUCUAAGAGCCAGUUGAUCGAGGGAAUCAGUCGACUGAUCUGCACUGCCAAGCACCAACAGACCAUGCUUCGGGUGCUGAUUGACGGUGUGGAGUGGAACGACGUCAAGUUCUUCCAGCUGGCGGCGCAGUGGUCGUCACACGUCAAACAUCUCCCCGUUGGCAUCUUCGGACACGCUAAAGGUCCUCACUAGGGCCACGCACGUGGUGACCAGCGCUGUGACGACCGCUACCGCAAUAAGUGAGCGUCGUAAUCGAGAUUUAAGGACGCACCCUGCGCCAGUAGCCUUUAACCUCCCGACCCUGCCUCCUUGCACUGCCCCGCCCCCAAGCCUGCUCCACCCAUUUUAGCCUGGUUUUAGGUCCCGUUGUGCUUUUUCUCCACUUCUAUGGUCAUUGUCGAGCCAAAUGUACAGAUGUGACACACCAACAGACUAUCUAUUCAUAUCUGUGAUGAAUACAGCACAAACGGGUCUCGUACCGAGCUAUGCACAUCACCAAUGACAGCUUUAACUCCUGUUCAUGUUAAUGUUUUGGUGUUUAUGUUCAAAUAUAAACAUAAGGAAGUUUGAUAUCUAUUCAUACAUACAUAUCACACUUCCUGAAGCAGUCAAGAGGAGCAUUUUAAAAAAACAAAAACCUGCUUAUGUUUUGUAGACUUUUGAAGAAAGAAAAAAAAGACAUGCAGAAACAGUGAAGUAAUUGUUAAAAAAAAAAGUGUUCCAAAUAGAAAGUGUAUCCCCAACCUUUCUGUGUCCCUCCCUCCCUUCUUUGCUUUUUUUAUUUGGCAAAGAUGGACUGUCUCAAACACUUUGCCAGGCACAAAUUAACAAUGUAACUCGUUGACUUACAACAUCACUUCAUAACCAAAUGCCGUUUACGGAUGGGCAACACAGAACACAGGAAGGUUAUUGUGUGAUGCUUGGGGUUUGGAUCUUCAACGCACCUUGUCCCAGGGUGUCUUCACUAAAGGAAGCAAAGAGAUCGGAACGUGGAGGGACCCACCUGAAUUUGUCCAGGAAAAACGGUGCGAAACGUUUUGCAGCGGUUUGCUCUAUUAAACCGGUCCCUGAUGACUCAUUGCAAGAACACUCAAAUGUGCAAUAGGCCUAGCCCGAAAUCCAGGACUGUUUGUGUGCUAGUGUCGCCUGUCUGGCAAUGACAAGGAGUGGAAUUAUCCAGUCUGGAUACCAGGCUACAAUGAGCUGUACACUUCCUUUACAUGUAAUCAGUUAUAUAUGUGCAAAUGCAACUUGUAAUUGGAAGGGUAUUGACUCUACACUCAGUCAUUAUUAAUGCCUUUCUACAUCUCUUUUGCUUACUUCAUGCUCUCUCUUUCUGUCUCUCUCCCUCCUUGUCUCUCUGUUUCUUUCUUAUCUCUCAGCACUAUCUCUGUUUGUCUGUUUCUCAUUAUCUGUUCCUUUCUUUCUCUCACUCCAUCCCCGCCCUCUUUGACGCUUUCUGUUCUACCUUCGCUUUCUUGGAAAGAAGCCAUAAACAAGUUUUCACAGAGAGUUUCUAAUACGUCUCCUCAUUUCUCACCUUUUCCCAUUUUCCCCUCAUUCUUUCUCCAUCUUGUUUUCUUCCGCCUCUCUCUUGCUUGCUCACUGCCACUCUCCUCAUCUGUAACCCCAUCAAUCCCACUACCCCGUAGCUGUUACCCUGACUCUCACAGUGACAACAACUCCAUACGUCCACACACUCCUGAAAGCCUGCGCAAUGCUAGACACAGAGUCAGACUAUCUGUGGGGGGAAUACUGAAAUGAUGGUGUGUAACUGAAUGUCUAGAGUCUAAAUUCUAAAAGUUGUCCCAACUCUUUAAUGACUCUGCUCAUAACCUGCUCUUUGUUCGCGUGUAUAGUCUACUACUCACUGAUGUAGAGAUCAAUGUGUAAAUUGGAUAAACCAUAAUGUAAAGCACUUUUUAAAUGUUUAGGGCCAUUCCAGAUGGUCAUUGUUUUUAGCCCCCACUCUCCAUGUAAUAUAAUAAAAUGAGGACUGCUUCUAGUUCUUCUUUGAAAAACAUUUUCCUUUACAAUGUUUUGCUAAAAUGUGCACUAACAGACCCCUGAUGCUAACUAGCUGCAGUAUUUAAUUUAAUGUGCUCAUUCGCUUAAGCCAUGUAUUAAAUUUGCACUGCAUUAUUGUUUCAGAUCAAA